GCCAAAGCAAAGAACACGUGUUGAGCCUACAGCAUCCUGGUUAUAAUUUCUUGAAGUGAUCAUCAACGAUGGAGCAGGUGUUGGUUAACACUCUGGAUGAGGUGACGAGUGACGAGAUGAAGAGAUUCCAGUGGCUCCUGAUCAAGCACCAGAGGCGUGGCUAUGAGCCCAUCAGUAGAAGCGAGUUGGAUCGCGACACAAGCAGGGAGAAUACCGUGGAGCUGAUGGUGAACAAAUACAGAGAGAAUGGGGCUCUGGGUGUUACAAUUAAUAUCCUGAAGGACAUGCACCAGAAUAAACUUGCUGACAAGUUGAAGACAAAGGCAAACAUUCUCAAAGGAGCGGAUAGGAGCACUGCAAAGAAGAGCAUUGCUGUGAAGAGCAUUGCUGUGAAGAGCACUGCAAAGGAGAGCACUGCAAAGGAGAGCACUGCGGCAAAGAGCACUGCAAAGGAGAGCACUGCAAAGGAGAGCACUGCGGCAAAGAGCACUGCAAAGGAGAGCACUGCGGCAAAGAGCACUGCAAAGGAGAGCACUGCGGCAAAGAGCACUGCGGCAAAGAGCACUGCAAAGGAGAGCACUGGCAUUGUGCUGAAGAGACCUGCCAAGGAGAUACCAGCGGCAAAGGGCACUGCGGCGAAGAGCACUGCGGUGAAGAGCACUGCGGUGAAGAGCACUGCAAAGGAGAACACUGCGGCAAAGAGCACUGCAAAGGAGAACACUGCGGCAAAGAGCACUGCAAAGAAGACCACUGCCACUGUGGCGAAGAGCACUGCAAAGGAGAGCACUGCGGCAAAGAGCACUGCAAAGAAGACCACUGCCGCUACGUUGAAGAGACCUGCAAAGGGGAGCAGUGAGGCGAAGAGACCUAAGCUGUUGUAGAUCAAUAGAAUGGGCCCAUAUGGCAUACUUUCUUUUAGACCGGUUUACAAUUAACAAUGAUAUUUCAUAGGAUUUCACUUUUCUUUUACAUACUGUAUUUUCUUAAGCUUUUCUCUGAAUUUUUGGCAUUUUACAACCAUGACAAUGAAAUAAAAAUUAUAAU